CCCAUGGACUCCGCUCGGGAGCCGGCCGGGGCCGGGCGUGCCUCUGAGAAGCGGAUUCCGGCGGCUCCUCCUCCUUCCCCCUUCGGGCGCCGCAGCUGAGAGAGCGGCGGGAGGAUGCUGCCGGCUCUGGCCGCCCAGCGCCGGGGAUGGGGCUGCCUCUACCAGCUCCUGCGGGGCCGGUGCCCGGCGGGGGUGCCGUUCUCCCGGGCAGGCGGCCACGGGUGGCAGGUGCCUGUCAGACUAGGAAGUUUCUCCCGUCUGCUGCCGUGUAACCAUCUGCCUCUUUCUCCAACCAGUCAAGUAAGAGUUUAUACCUCAGAUGGUCAGAAAAACAGCACAGGAGCACAUGAUGCAAGUUCCUCAGUCCCUGAAGGAGGUGUGCCAAGAACAGCGACAGGCCGAGUUGCUGCCAGUCAAGCGCCACCUUUGAUACCACCGCCCAUCCAAGUAAAAGUGAAAGCAGUGCUUAAGAAGAGAGAAUAUGGACCAAAGUACACGAAGAAUAAUUUCAUUACAGGCGUCAGAGCCAUAAAUGAGUUCUGUCUCAAGUCCAGUGACCUAGACCAGCUCAGGAAAAUCAGGCGGCGAAGCCCUCAUGACGACACUGAGGCGUUCACUGUGUUUUUGAGAUCGGAUGUGGAGGCAAAAUCUCUAGAAGUUUGGGGAAGCCUGGAGGCUCUUCUUCGAGAGAGGAAAAGGCGCAAAGAAGCAGAGAUCGAAUACAGAGAGAAUUUGUUCAAAAACCAAAAGUUAUUGAAGGAAUACAAAGAUUUCCUAGGAGAAACAAAGCCACGCUCCAGUGCCACCGCUGUAUUUCUCAGGGGACCUGGAAAAGUGGUGAUGGUUGCUAUUUGCAUAAACGGCUUGAAUUUUUUCUUCAAGCUUCUUGCUUGGGUUUACACGGGCUCUGCAACCAUGUUCUCCGAAGCCAUCCACUCUUUGGCGGAUACUUGCAAUCAAGCUUUGCUAGCCCUUGGGAUCAGUCAGUCUGUGAGGACUCCAGAUCCGAGUCAUCCAUACGGUUUCACAAACAUGCGCUACAUCGCAUCCCUGAUCAGUGGCGUUGGCAUUUUCAUGAUGGGUGCAGGACUUUCGUGGUACCACGGGGUGAUGGGCUUGCUGCAUCCUCAUCCCAUAGAAUCACUGCUUUGGGCCUAUUGUAUAUUAGCUGGGUCACUGGUAUCCGAAGGAGCGACUCUCCUCGUGGCAAUCAAUGAAAUUAGAAGAAGUGCCCGGGCCGGGGGGCUGUCCUUCUAUCAAUAUGUCAUUCAGGCUCGUGACCCCAGCACAAACGUCGUGUUGCUUGAAGAUACUGCGGCGGUUCUGGGUGUGACGCUAGCGGCCACUUGCAUGGGUCUGACAUCAUUGACAGGUAAUCCAUGCUAUGACAGCCUGGGCUCACUGGGCGUGGGGACGUUAUUGGGAGCCGUCUCUGCGUUUCUCAUCUACACCAACACGGAAGCGCUGCUGGGGCGAUCCAUUCAGCCCGACCAGCUGCAGAGGCUGACGGAGUUACUGGAAAGCGACCCUGCAGUGAGAGCAAUUCAUGAUGUUAAAGCCACAGAGAUGGGGAUGAGCCAAGUGAGAUUCAAGGCCGAAGUAGACUUUGACGGACGGGUUGUGACUCGGUCUUACUUGGAGAAGCAGGACAUUGAGCAGCUGCUACAAGAAAUCCAGCAGGUGAAGACUCUGGAGGAGUUAGAGGUUUUCAUGCUGAAACACGGCGAAAAUAUUAUUGACACACUAGGAGCCGAAGUGGACCGGCUAGAGAAGGAGCUGAAGCAACGCAAUCCAGAGGUGCGACAUGUAGACCUGGAGAUAUUGUGAGCCCGGCAGAUGUCGUCUGUGGAGAGAGGUCCCUUCUGGAUCUGCUUUGUGGAGGGGGGGGCCAGGGCAGCACCGGACCCCGCCAGGCUUUUGAGACCCCUCUUCACCCGAGCUUCUGGAUUCCUUAGAGCCGGCUGUUAUUCAGAGGAGUGACGGCAUUCAUUGAACUGGAUUCCUGGGACAGCCGCUUUCGCCUUCCGUUCCACACGUCAAUCUGUAGUGGAGACUGAAUUCUGGGGACGACAUACUUUUAAGUUAUUGAAACGUCACUUUCUGAAAAUACAGUAUAUAUAUAUUUGCUGUCCAGUUUCAAUUUUUGUAUCAGUUUGCACAUCGGUUCCUGUUCAGCUGCUAUUUCCUGACAUUAGUUAGAGAUCUGGGAGCCUUCCUGUCGCCCCCCCCCCCCCUUCAAGACUGCAGGCCUUUCUCAAGUCCUUGUUGAUAUACGCCAGCUCUGUAGCCUUUCUCUGGCUUUGUCUGCUCAUUCCCUUUGUGUCAAGAAGGGAAACCGGAGCAACAGUGGAACCGCCGUGCCAUGGAGAUGACGUUGUUUCCAGUGCUGCGGUUCUCCUUCUCUUCCGAAUCUUAGUUUGCUGUACCCACCUAGCAACCUUGUCCUUGCUACCUUAUCCUCUGUAGCAUAUAGCACUAAAAGAAAUGAAACUGUUAAAAUGAGUUGGCUCCAAAGGUGCUCUUCUGACACAAUGACACUCUAGACCAGUGGAAGAGCACUUCCAUUGGUGGAGGGGGAUUUUCGCUGAUGUUACCCCUCUCACUGCAGAGCUAUUUUUUUUCCUCCUCCCUGAGCUAAAUUUCAGGGUGUCCAGUGGGAAAGGGGGUUGUCCCAUUUCGUGAGCUUCGGAUCCACCCCGUGCUUGCUGUGAAUAUCCCUUCUGCAGCUUCCCUCGGUUUUCAGUGUGUCUAUGCCACAUGCUACAUCUUGGUAGAGGCAGCAGGGAGGACUUUUUAAUUUGCUCUGAAAUGCAUUGGAAAAAAUCCUGCAUCCUCUGUUUAUAAAUGCUAUGUAGCUAGUGCCAUGCUUUUGAGGGGGGUGGCUUUAUUUCUCAGGCAUCAGCAUGCCACACAGGAGAACUCUCUUUGAAACUGAGGGCCGUUGCAAAUGCCGGGGUACGGUAAUGGUACGGGCCUGCCAUUUGAUAAUGAAAGUAGUCAAAAUCUGAUUAAGCGGCAGCUAGAGUAAGCUCUGUUGGGUCCCAGUCAGAAUAUAUUUAAUUUAUUUGUAACUGGCGUCGCUUAGUCAUCUGUAAAUGGUAGAUGGGUUUAAUAGCACGCAACAUCUUGGGCGUGAGGAAUAAGACAGCCAUCUUGAAUGCGGCAUAGUUGCGUUUGAUUUAGGCUGUCGAUGUUUAUAAAAACGGGAGCUAAGAAAAAGCGGGAAUCCAGAUUCUUAAGCUGCCGCGACAAUCCUGAGGCCGUUUAGUUUGGAAGAUCAUAAUAAAAGACAGAGGAAGUGUCCUCGGGAGGGGAGAAUUCUGUGGAUUGUAGCCUCGGCUAAAAGUGAGCAUAAAUCGUUGAGCUUAAGUCAUUCAGUCCUAAGAGCCAGUUGACAUGUAUGCACGCCCUUUGGUCCCUUAAGGCUCGAUGUGUUGAAUGGGCCCUUUUGGAAAACAUACCUGUUCUGAUCUGUGCUAGCUCUUUCACACAAGGAAGGCUGCUCUCCAGUGAUGGAACAUGUAUGUUUAAAACCCGCCUCUAGUCAUGGAAACAACAUCCGCUUUGCGAACAAAAUGUUUAAGCACUUUAAACGUAUUUCAGUUGCUUAUUGGGAAAAUUGUGUCUCAGAGGUGGCUCCCUUGGAGUUCUCAGCAGUGCUGUCCAUCUUGAGAGCAGCGUGGCCCCGUGAUAUCCUACCACAGGGUGCCAGGGUGUGCCGAUGGAAAUGAUGGUGGAGACUUAAAUGUCAGCUUUGGGGUUUGCAAUACUUUAAAAUGCCACGUUCUACAUAAGUAGAGCUUAAAAGAGCAUGUUGUGGGACGGUCUGGAAAUGGAUAGCAUUUAAACCGAGUAAUAUUCCAAAUUCUAGCUUUUAGACAUUAUUGUACAUAUUGUAAUUAGUGUAACUAUGACUUUGUUACAGAAGUUUAAAGGUGAAGGAAUUACUUUUCUAGUUCUAAUCUGGUCGGGGCAAUUGGUAAAUACUUGCCACUCCCA